AUGGGUGUACAGCAAAGGAUCUCUAUAAAAUCGGAACGCAAAAUUGAUCAGAUUCGUCGUUCGUGUGGGAUCCUGGCAAAUCUGAUGAACGAAGCGGUGUCGAAAGUGGUCCCUGGGGCCAUUCCUCGUGACGUGGACCGUUUUUGCCACGACUGGAUUACGAAAGCCGGCGGACGCCCUUCGUUCCUCAACUGGCAUGGCUACCCGUAUGCCACCUGCAUAUCGGUAAAUCACUGUAUUAUCCACGGCAUGCCCGACGACCGUCUUUUGAGCCGGGGCGACAUAGUCGGUCUGGAUAUCGGUAUCGAGUACGAUGGUGCGUACAGCGACCACGCGGUGACUGUUCCAGUGGGAGAAGUAUCCGUCGCAGCGCAGCAGGUUUUGGACGUCACCGAGCAAUCUUUACAGGAAGUUAUCAAGCAGCUGGUGCCGGGGAUGCGCGUUUCGGACGUAGGCCGAAUUGUGGAGGACGUGGUACGCCCGUAUUCAUACGGCAUUAUUCGAGAUUACUGCGGGCACGGUGUCGGUGAUUCGGUAUGGGAACCCCCCCAAAUCCCAAACUACCGCACCCGAAGCCCUGGUCCCCGGUUUCGGGAGAACAUGGUGAUCGCGGUAGAACCUAUGCUGUCUAUCGGAUCGCCGGAUGUGAUCGUAGGAGCUAACGGCUGGAACGUAGAGACUAAAGACAAAACGCUGGGAUCUCAUGUGGAACACACCAUGCUAAUAACCAAACAUGGUAUGGAAGUCUUAACCCGCUCGUGA